GAUCUCAGCCAGCGGCGGCGGCUGAUGAUGAUGAUGAUGAUGAUGGAGCGCCGGCCUCCUCUCAGGAUGAAGCUGCUGAUCCUGACUCUCCUCCGCUCCACCUGGUUGCUAGGAGACCCGGCCGCAGACACAGAUUAUAAUCUGGAUUGUGUGAACAAUUAUCUGUUCACCCUCAACUGUUCCCUGAACGCCUCACCAGCAGCCAGCGACCAAACCUACUGGCUGAAAGUCGUCGCCGAUUUGGACCAAACAGAGUAUAAAUGUCUGCUGAAAAACACGACGGCCGGCUUCUUCUGUUCGCUCGACAGAUCCCUGACGCCCUACAACGAAACGGGAACAUUUUCAGACGAUGAAGAGUUUGAGAUUUCUUUGUGUGAAAACCACAACAAAACCUGUGAGUUACUGAAGGAAGAUUAUGAGCCGGAGUUACACAUCAAGCCCAGCGCCCCCUGCUGCCUGGAGGUCAGCCACAACUCCACCCGACUCCGCUUCACCUGGAAAAGCACCUAUGAGCGUUUCUCCAGAAUGGGACUGAGAGAAAGCCUGACGUAUCAGCUGCAGAUCCACAAGAUGGCCGACAAACACCGGCUAGAAGCUCAUAACAUCACCAUCAGCAGCACAUCACACUCUGUGGAAGACGAGCACUUUGAGCCCGGCACCGACUACGCUGCACAAGUGCGGUCUAGUCCAAACCAGGGCCACUACCAGGGCCAGUGGAGCGACUGGUCCUCUGCGGCUCAGUGGAGGACGGAGCCGGCCGCUGAUGCUUUUAAGGGAAACGGAUUCAUUUUCAACCUGCCGGUGACGUUCGGCCUGUUAUGUGCUCUGGUGGCUCUGGUGCUGGUUUGCUACGGUUCAGUCAGGAAGUGGAAGCGCAGCACCUUCAUCCCAACUCCUGCUCCGUAUUUCCACAGCCUGUACAAAGACUGCCAGGGAGACUUUAAGAGCUGGGUGCUCACGCAGGAAAACGCGGCCGACGUGCUGAAACCAGAGGAGGCGCUGCAGGUCGACAGCCUGGUGGAGUGCAUGCCGGUCCAGGACUUCCAGUUCGACCAGUACCCGGCGCAGUUCCAGCAGCACUUCAUGGAGAACCGGGCCUACAGCAACAUGUCGUCAUCAGUGGACGUCCUGAGCAUGCGGGAGUCGGUCUGCGGCUGCGCGGCCCCGCCGCUGGACCAGCGCCUGUCGGUGCGCAGCCUGAGCGGCUACUGCCGGUCCUGCAGCCCGGCGCAGGACUCCGGCUGCUGGCUCUGCAGCGACACCUCCCUGGAGAAGGAGUCGUCCUGGUACUGCAACGAGUACUGCACCCUCAGCUGCCUGCAGCAGGCCGGCUGCGCCGCGGCGGGUUGCCAUGGAGACCUGAAGGCCCACCCGCGCUUCUCCGAGGGUGGGAUGGAGGCAUAAACCCAGCAGUUUGUCAGCUCCAUAAGCAAAACCCUGAAAAAUAUUCACUUCAGCUUCAUGGCAUCCUGUGGUGCAUCCACUCAUA